GUGUGGGCCGAUAAGAGAUCCACACGUGACUGCAAUCUUAUCCGCGUGUCGGAAGAAAGUUUUGGUCAACUUUCCUGUCCUGCUGUCUACAAACCAUGGCUGCCCCGCCAAAUGUGAGAACCCAUACUAAACUUACAGGUACCCCCGAUUAUGAUGACCCGACCUUUUGGGAUACCAAAUUUGCCACUGGUCGGGAUGUCGGGGAGUGGCUGAAUUCCGGUGAAACGCUCAUCGACGCGGUCAUGACCCAUCUGGAGAGUCGCCCGGCAACAAACACAAACCCAAGAGUCCUGCAUCUGGGACCAGGUAUCUCGAAGCUAGGAACCAAACUUUGCGAUGAAUUUAUCAAGCGCAAUUGGGUGGGGAGUGGUAUCGUGAAUGUUGACUUCUCCGCCGAAGCCGUCCGCAUCGGGCAAGAAAUUGAGGAUGGAAAGGAUGACUUACAUGCGAUGCACUGGCUGCAAAUUGACUUGCGGUCUUGGGCUGAUGUCUCUAGAUUAGCUCUCCUCUCCCCCUUUGACGUGAUUCUCGAUAAAAGUACAAGCGACGCGAUCGCGACAUCCGCGCCCGUUACGUUCCGUCCAUCACCCGACGGACCGAGCACAUGCCCGACGGUGCAGCAGAUCGUGGAUAAAAAUGGAGGGAUAGAGUUAUCGCCAGUAGAGUUAUUGGCGUUACAUCUUGUUCCCUUGACGCAGAAAGGAGCCAUCUGGGUCACUCUUUCCUACUCGACCAUGCGCUUCGAUAAUCUGCACCAUAUGUCACAAUACUGGACUGUUGUCUCCCGGGCACCUUUCAAAGCGCCGCAGGGGGAGACUUCGUCGUUCGCUUACACGCCCGAAGUUUUUCACUGGAUGUAUAUACUCCAGCGCAAAUGAGACCCACUCCUGCAAUAUCUGCAGUAUCGCGAUAUCCGACUAGGAAUAGCCCAGGUUACCGGACGCACAAAACAGCGGCAUUGAUUGGGAUUGGAAUAGGA